AUGGCAAGCCUUUUUACUCGCGCGGUUCCCCGAACCUUGCGUGCAUUACCCCGCGCUUCUCCUGUUCAGAAAUCCUUCCGAGCCCCAGUUACUACCCCUCUAUCACGACGAUUCCUCGCCACAACCACUUUACCUGAACAGCCGCGAUUGAGAUUGGGCUCUGAAGCACCAAACUUUCAAGCCGAAACGACCCAUGGUCCAAUCGAUUUCCACAAGUUCAUCGACAACAAAUGGACAAUCCUCUUCUCCCAUCCGGCAGACUUCACACCCGUGUGCACCACUGAGCUUGGUGCUUUUGCGAAAUUGAAGGAUGAGUUUGAGAAGCGGGGUGUCAACAUGAUCGGUUUGUCUGCAGAUCCUCUUCCAUCCCACAAAGAAUGGAUCAAAGACAUCAACGAAAUCUCUGGAGUGACACUACAAUUCCCUAUCAUUGCCGAUGCGGACCGCAAAGUAGCCUAUCUCUACGACAUGCUUGAUGCUCAAGACACAACCAACAUUGAUCAAAAAGGCAUUGCGUUUACUAUUCGCUCCGUUUUCAUUAUCGAUCCUGCCAAGAAAAUCAGACUUACAAUGAUGUAUCCAGCAAGCUGCGGACGAAAUACUCAGGAAGUGUUGAGAGUCAUUGAUAGUUUGCAGACGGCGGAUAAGAAGGGUGUCACUACACCAAUUGAUUGGCAGGUGGGAGAUGAUGUUAUUGUGCCACCCACAGUCAAGACGGAAGAUGCGCGGAAGAAGUUUGGCGACGUCAGAGAAGUAAAGCCUUAUUUGAGGUUUACAAAUGUUGGGAAGUAA